AUGUUUGAUGGUCAACAGAAGAGGAUGAUUCAUGCACUGGAAAAUGAAGUCAUACAGAAACAAUCUUUGCUGAAUGAUAUACCAAAAACAUCUUUUGAAAUCGCAUUGAUGAAGCUUUCUGAAUAUCAAAAGGUUGAGAUAGAGAAGCUUCAGACAAGAGUUAGUGAACUGGAGAAGCAAGACGAAGACAAAGCCGAUGUGAAGAAACUGGAAGAGACUGAGUUAGAGAAGCUCCAAACAAGGGUGGCUUUAUUAGAAAAGCAAGUUGAUGAUAAAACUGAAGAAGUAAAGAGAUUAAAAGAAGGUACAAAGGUGAUGAAAAGCAAGGAAUCGGAGAAUUUGCAACUGCUCGGACCUCGGAGUAUAAUUGGGGUGAAGAGAAUGGGGGAGUUAGAUUCGAAGGCAUUUGGUAGCGCUUUAAAAGGCAUUUGUAGCUCAUCCUCUGCGGAAUUAAUUUCGAAUCAGUCAGUCCUGCUUUGCAAUUUCUGGGAGCAAAUGCUUAGAGGCCAAGCUUGGCAUCCUUUUAAGAUCACCAUGGUGGAUGGAAAACAUCAGGAAUUGAUCGAUGAGGAAGAUAAAUUGUUGAAAGGCUUGAAGAAUGAAUGGGGUGAGAGAGCAUAUUUCGCGGUUGUUAAUGCACUUGUGGAGAUGAACAAGUACAACCCCAGCGGUAGAAAUCCAGUUCAAGAGCUUUGGAACUUUAAGGAGAACAGCAGAGCUACUGUAAUGGAAGGUGUUGCUGUUCUUGUUGGUCGCUUGAAAAAAUACCGAACUCCAACUCCUACUGCUACUAUGAGUCUUGUCUCUUAG